AUGAUGGGGACACUACUCAUGUCCUUGGUCAGCUGCCUCAUUGCCAUAAGUCAGACCAGCCUCAUCAAUCGCUGUGACUUGGCCAGGGUGCUGUACAAGGAGGACUUGGAUGGGUUUGAGGGCUACUCCCUCACUGACUGGCUGUGUCUGGCUUUUGUGGAAAGCAAAUUCAACAUAUCAAAGGUAAAUGAAAAUGCAGACGGCAGCUUUGACUAUGGAAUCUUCCAGAUCAACAGCCACUACUGGUGCAAUGAUUACCAAAGUCACUCAGAGGACAUCUGCCACGAGGACUGUCAAGACCUACUGAGCCCCAAUCUUCUCUCAACCAUCAGCUGUGCAAAAAAGAUUGUGUCCGGAGCAGGGGGCAUGAAGAACUGGGUAGCGUGGAGGUUGCACUGUGCAGGCCGGCCCCUCUCCUACUGGAUGACAGGAUGUUUCUUGGGAUGA